AUGUUAUGAUAUUUCUACAGUCCGAUGUCAGUUGCGCAUAUGAAACCAUUGCAGUAUAAUCUGACGUAACGACAUAUUAAACUUUUACAUCUGUGUGUGAUAUGAAGUACUUUCUUUAAUCGAAUGUUAAUUGCUCUGAUUCGCGUCUUCCAUUAUUAUUUUUUUUUUUUUCGAAAAAUAUUCAAUUAUUUAUACACAACUGGCAAAGAAGAUUCUACAAGGUUCUUGCACAGAUUACAAAUGUCUAUCUUGCCAAACUCAACAGAGCAAGUGUUACAAAGUGCAUCAUCUCUUUCAAUGGAAAAACAAAAUGUAGAUACAAAGAAACAAGAAAAAAAAGUCGAGAGCGAUGGCAUAUCAAAUACACAAAAAGUAUGGACAAGCUUGAUAUCAGGUGCUAUUGCAGGAGCAUUAGCAAAAACAACAAUUGCACCUUUAGAUCGCACGAAAAUAAACUUCCAAAUUUCAAAUCAACCAUUUUCUGCAAAUGCGGCAAUUAAAUUUUUAAUAAAAACCCUUAAAACAGAAGGUUUAUUAAGCUUAUGGCGUGGGAACAGUGCAACUAUGGUCAGAAUAGUUCCAUAUUCUGCUGUUCAGUUCACAGCUCAUGAGCAAUGGAAAGGGAUUCUGGGACUAAAUGGAUUGGAAAAAGAAAAACCUGGACUGAAUUUUCUUGCUGGUUCAUUAGCUGGUAUAACAUCACAAGGUAUAACUUACCCUUUAGAUUUGAUGAGAGCAAGAAUGGCUGUGACACAAAAGACUGAAUAUAAAACUCUGCGACAAACUUUUGUACGCAUUUACGUGGAAGAAGGAAUAUUGGCCUAUUACCGUGGAUUUAAUGCAACGAUGCUUGGUGUCAUUCCUUAUGCUGGUUGCAGUUUCUUCACCUAUGAUCUACUCAGGAACUUAUUGGCUGUGUACACGGUGACUAUUCCUGGCUUCUCGACAUCAUUGAUAUUCGGCGCCAUUGCCGGAGCGGUUGCUCAGACUAGCAGUUACCCGUUGGACAUCGUCCGGAGAAGAAUGCAGACCUCAGCAAUCCAUGGCCCAAUCAACAGCCAGCACUAUCACACAAUUAGCUCAACUAUCACGAAAAUAUACAAAGAAGAAGGUAUAAUGGCUUUUUAUAAAGGAUUGAGCAUGAAUUGGGUGAAAGGCCCAAUUGCGGUAGGAAUUAGUUUCGCAACACAUGAUACAAUCCGCGAUGCGUUAAGAAAACUCAUAGUUUAUCAAAAUCAGAAACAAAAAAAAGACAAUUAGAAAGAUUAACAAAAAUAGCUAAUUAUGUAUAACAUAGAGCAUCUAUGUUAGAAAAACAAGUAAAUAUAUUUUUAUCUGCUAAAAAUUUUUGAAAUAAAGAUAUGUGGUAGACUUGCGCUCAAACUUUAUCAUAGUUCUAUUGUUGAUAACAAUUAUGUAGUAGCAAAGUUUGUAUAGAAAUCUGUCAAAUAUCCUGUAUGAACAUAUAAAAGUUUAUGAUUGAAGAGAAUUGCAUCAUUUAACAUAUUUCAGAAAACAAAAAAUGCUAGUACAAAUUGUUAAUGUACAUAUUGUUAACUAAAGUAUUAUAAAAAUUAUUCAAUUACUGCAUGUCAUAUAGACAUAUAUCAGAAAUCUCAAAAAAGUGAAAACAUAUAUUGUGCAAAUAUUAACGUUUAAUUUAUUAGCAAUGUGAACAUUUUGCAUAAUAUAAAUUGUGUGUGCAACUGCUCUAAGAAGUUUCUGCUCUUUAAUCUAUAUUUUUUUUCACUUUCAAUAAUUAUAUAAAUAACUUUAUUUAUUAAGAAGUAACACAACACACAUCUACAUUUCUUCACAUUAUAAAUAUUACAAAUAUGUAUAAUACUUCUAAUCGUUACUCUAAUAGUAAAGAAACAGUAAUUGUUUUCUAUUAUUAAUUAACUACUACACUUCUUGUAUUGUAUACUAACAUUCUUUUGAUAGUAACUGAGUUUUGACAAUAACUUCAUAAAUAUAAUGUAACAUAUAAAUAAAUAGCACAAUUAUUUAUAAAAA